AUGUCAAUCAUGAAUGAGCUUGAAGAAAAAGGAGAAACACCAACGAAAGUGCUUGACGCUAUAGAAAUCCACCAAAAAGCAUUGGACGACCUUGUCAAUGUGAAUUCUCUCUUCACAAUAGCUGUGUUUGUGGGCCUAUCCCUAGCUCAUCCCGGCGAGAAAAGCCUCGAAAACCUAACGGAUUGUGACGCAGACCCAGACGUAGCCAAGCGGCUUAUCGUGUCCGAAGUCAUAGCAUUUGCUUUCUUCCUACUGUCCAGCCUCGUAGCCAAGACCCUAAAGAUCCAUCUCAACGUAUACCGCCUAAGGGGUUUGAAGAAAAUUAAGUUCAAGAUUAUCAGAGGAGGCAUGUUGUUGCUAUCGGCAUGGGGGUGGAUUCUUGGGUGUAUGUUCUUGACGAUAUCAAUGGUAGAUGUGAUACAAGUAAAGGUAGGGAAGCUGUCCGGUGGGAGUGUUUAUGCUUUUCGUGCUGCAGGAUUGCUGAUUGCUAUAGUUCUUCUGGCUUUAAGCAUUUACGUGCCCUUUAUGAUGCAUGCCAUAUAUAUCUCCAUGAAACGUAUUGAAUGA